AUGUUAGUAAUCUUUGCCAUAGGAAAUGCUGCGACAGAGCGUAUAUCCAUUUGUUUCGAUGAGAUCAGUCGGGCUACAAGUUUCAACCGGUUGCGUGCCAUGGAGACCAACGUCCGCAUUGAUUACUUUUUUGGCUUCCUUGCUUCAUUGAGCGAGUCUCCUCGACGUUGCAUGAAUCCAGUGGAUCAUGUCUAUGGAGUGCUUGGCCUAUUCCAGAUCAAAAUCCCAACGAUGUCUGAUCCUAGUGCGGUUUGGCAGCUUUUCUUGUCUGAGCUUGAGAAUUAUAUGAAGGAUCUACAGCACAACCCCAAAGGAAUUCCUGUCAUCAAUGACCAUGCAUUCCAAAUUAAUCUACGGAAGGCUAAAAACAUGGCGGAUAUAUACAAAGACUUGGUCGUAUGGAGACGUCUUUAA